AUGCAAGAUUUAUCUAUGCACAUGUAAACUUGCAAUUUGAGGUGGAUUGAAGGAGCAUAUUUUAUUUUGAUAAAGCUUAUUUUAAGGCAUCUUAUACUUUUGGUGGUGAUACUUAAGAAGAAUGUGAUGAUUACUUAAAUGGAUUUAGUAUUGAUUAAUUAAUAUCAUUAUACAAUUGCAAGUGAAGGAAAUGAAGGUUGUAUUUCUAUAGAUUCAUGCACAAAAGAUAAUAAAGGAGAUGUAGAGAUAAUAAUUUAAAUUAAUUUUGUUAACAAAUAAUAAUACUUUUUAUGA